AUGAAUUGUCAUGCAGUUUUGUUGUUAUCGUGGCUCCUGCUAGGCACUCUGGCCGGGAUCAGAGGUCAUGGUCGCCUUCUGGAGCCACCGGGACGCUCUUCCGCUUGGAGGUUCAAUUUUCCCGUGCCACAUAACACAAUGGACCACCAACUCAACUGUAAAGGAUAUGGGCACCAGUAUCAACAGAUCGGGGGGAGGUGCGGCGUGUGCGGGGACCCGUAUGAAGGGCCGUAUGAAAACGAGGCUGGCGGAAAAUACGCCCGGGGUAUUAUUGUCCAGAAUUACACCCAGGGACAACGAAUACGAGUUACGAUUGAAAUCACCGUUAACCACGGAGGAUAUUCCGAGUUCCGUAUCUGCCCAAACAAUGAUGUCACGAAGCGCGUGACGCAAGAUUGCAUGGAUCAUUAUCUAUUGAUGACCCCUUUCGGCGAGACGCGCUACAUGCAUGCGCCGAACGGGGAUCCUGCUGGGCUUGGGGAAAAGCAUAUUGAUCUACUCCUUCCGCCCGGCCUUACGUGUACACAAUGCGUCCUCCAGUGGAUAUGGACCGGAGAUUCAAACAACAACUGCUGGCUCAAUAGUACAUGUUGUACAGAAGUCGGCUGCGGUCCUCAGGAGCACUUUUACGGCUGCGCCGACGUCUCCGUCCGGUCCUCCGUGCAACCAUGGGCCCCUCAACCAACUCUUCUUCUGAACAUGACGUCACAGGUGGGCACUUCCGGCCCGGCUUGCAUUGCGAGCGAAAUGGCGAGAAACAUGGUGGGCCAGCCCCGUGCGGACGAACUUUGCCAACGGGCCUGUAGCGGACCAGGCAGCGUGUGUCCGGUGUAUUUCUGUGCGGACUCUUGCAGGAGAACGUUCUAA